AAUUAAAAUUUAUCAGUCUCAGAUUUCUUUUAAAAAAUGAGGCAGUUUAUUCUUGUCGCUUUUAUUGGUGUGCUUUUAAUGAAGAAUGCCACAUCGUCAAAAAACCAGAGACAUCCUUCAAAUCUGGCAUGGUUUAGCUUGAACAAUAAAUCAAAUGAAAAUAAAGAAGAAAAUAAAGAAGAAAGUAUGGAUGAAAAUAGACCUAUCGUAUGCCAAACUCAAGAGUGUAAAAAAAUAGCUCAGAGAAUAUCAGAGAAUAUGGAUAAAUCAAUGGAUCCGUGUGACGAUUUCUAUGAAUACGCUUGUGGAAAAUGGUCGGAACAUAAUACCAUCCCGGAAGGAAUGGAUUCUUGGAAUAUGAUACAUAGUACACAAAAAAAUAUUAUGGAACAAGUAGAAAAAAUUUUCAACGACGGGCCAAAGAAUGACGAUCUUCUAGCGAUAAAGCUCGCAAAAAAAUGGUAUACAGUUUGCAUGGAUACAGAUACAAUGGACAGACAAGGUCUCGAGCCGCUUGUUUUUACCCUCUCGCGGAUAGGUGGAUGGCCAAUGAUAAUGGAACCAGACGAAUGGAACGAACAGGAAUAUAGUUGGCAAAAAGUGGAUGAUCAAUAUAUGCGCUUGAUGGGAAGAAAUGCUUUCCAUGAUGUGCGCCUAAUGGAUAUAUACACUUGGAACAACUCUCGAUCCCUUCGGCCAGUAGCACAUAUUGAUGUACCACAUUUACCUCCGGCCUCAUUUAAAAUCUGGAUUGAAAUCGAUGAUAAUGAAGAGGAACGAGACAAAAGCGAUGAAGAUCCCAGCGAUGAAGAAAAGCAAAGCGACGAACAAAAAGAUAGUCAAGAACCUGGAAGCGAAGAUGAAGACCAUAAAAAAACUAAUAAUAAUAGCAAUAAUGACAAUAAUGAUAAUAACGAUAACGAUGAUAAUGACGAUAAUGGUAAUUAUGAUAAUCAUGAUAGUGAUGUCAAUGAAGAUAACGAUAACGAUGGCAAUAGAAACGAACAGAAUAAUAAUAAAAACGCAAAAAAAGUCAGUAUGAAAAAACCCGGUAAGUUCAUAAAAAAUAAAAAAGUGCGACAUAGUAGAAAAAUUAAGAGUAAUACUCAUUCCAAGAAGAACGAAAAUUAUAAGCUCAAUCACAAGAAAGAGAGGAUAAAAAGACAAGCAAUACCAGAAAAUGUUUGCGAAAAAUUACAUGCAUGGAAGAACAAAAUGCAUCACAUGAAACAAGCACGUAAGGAAAAAUUGAAAAAAACUUUAGAAAUGACAACACGACCGCAGAUUACUACAGAAGAACCAAUUGACGAAGAUGAUUAUGCGAAGCAGUAUACUAAUUACAUUUCAAAAGUAGGUCACGCCAUAGCUAAAGCAAGAGGCGUUGAAGUUUCGGAAGAACAUAUGAAUAAAGAUAUUCAAGACAUGAUUAAAUUUCAAGCAAAACUAUUUGAGAUUACUACAGAUCCCGGCCAAGAUAAAGAUAUGACACUUAAUGACUUUCAAAAAUGGUAUAAUAAAAAGAAACCUAAAACUGUCAACAGUGUGAUUAAUUGGAUAUACAAAAUUGGAAAAUUAUUUGAUGAAGCUCAAGUACAUGUAGAUGGUAAUUUAAAUUUAAGAAUUCGUUCACCAAAUUACUUCGCAAAUCUUGCCGUUUUGCUAGAUGAGACGUCGAGUCGAACAAUCGUAAACUAUAUACAUUGGAAUUUCUUGAGCAGAAUAAUAAGAACUACUACAAGUGAAAUGAAAAAAUUGUACUUUGCAUGGGAAGACAAACAAAAAAAUAAUGAUACAAAAAUUUUUGGAGUUUCUGUGAGAUGGUUCAAAUGCACACAAGAAGUAGAAAUGAGUGAUAUUUUAUCGUACGAAUAUGUGAGAAACCAUUUCUCUGAUGAAAUCACGACAACUGCAUUGGACAUGAUGGACGAUAUACAAAAGGAAAUGGAAUAUCAAAUUAAAGAAUCGGAUUGGAUGGAUGAAAAUGCUAAGAAUAUUAUUUUGGCAAAGUUAGUAAAUAUGAAGAAAACUGUCGGAUAUCCGGAGUGGUAUAAAAAUAACACUAUCGUUAAACAAUAUUAUCAAGGACUUAUUAUUGGCAAUUCAUAUUACGAAAACACGCUCAGCUAUAACAGAUACACUAAGUGGAAAGGAUUACGCAGGUUGAUAAAAAAGAAAAAUGAUAAAAAUGAUAAAAUGAGAAUAAUUCCUAUAAGAGUAAAUGCCGGUUUCUCAUCGUAUUCAAAUUCUAUAGAACUUUCGGCAGCGAUUUUCCAGAGCCCAUUUUUCGCUUAUGAUCGACCGCGAGCUAUUAAUUAUGGCAUUGUUGGAACAAUUAUAGGUCAUGAAGUUAAUCAUGGAUUCGAUGAUGAUGGAUAUGAAUAUGAUAAAAAUGGAAAUAUUGUGGAAUGGUCACCUGCAAUGGCCGAAGCAUUUGGCAAAAAGAGAGAAUGUUUUGUAGAACAAUUUAAUAAUUAUUCCAUUCUCAAAAAGUCCAUUUACAUAAUAAAGGACUAUGGCAAUCAGACAGCAGGAGAUAAUAUUGCUGACACAAUGGGAUUAGAAGCUGCGUUUAGAGCGUAUCAAAGGAGAGAAAGAGAAUACGGAAAAACAAAUACUGUAUUGCUAGGCCAAGAAAAUAUCACUAACGAUCAACUUUUCUUUUUAUCCUAUGCUAAUAUAUGGUGUGACGCUGAAACAAAUGGAACACUAGACAAGGCCAAAUCGGAUGAGCAUAGUACUAGCAGAUUGAGAGUGAUAGGAACCCUUUCAAAUUCAGUGGAUUUUGCCAAAGCUUACAAUUGCCCGCUCGGCAGUGCAAUGAAUCCCGAAAAAAAAUGUCAUAUCUGGAAGUGAACGACUCAUAUAAAUGUUAUAAAUAAAACAUACUAAUACUUAAUAAUAACAGAAAACGGUUAACAAAAAUUAUC